CAGGACCAUCUUGCACACUUUCCCCAUUUCGGAGAUUCACAAUUGACGUCUCUGAUAUAGAGACGAGGUGCAGCCGACUGCUUGCCCCUGAGCAUGGCGAGUCCACACGCCGACAUCAGCAAUCAUCAAUGGUUGCUGCCACCACGACGACGAUGAUGACGACGAGACGAUUGACCAGACGACCAACUAAAGAUCCUGAUUGUGUGGAUGGAUUGAUGAGACACGACAGCCCAGCCCACUUGGGCUGGACGAGCCAACCAUGCAGCGGCCAAGACCCAAUCGGCCACCGCUGCACAUCCUCCCGUCACCCAACCCACCCGAGCCCACUUCGUCUGUGGUCGAGGUCAGGCCGGGAUUCGCCCGCUGCAAUCGGACUCGGGCAGAUUGGCCAGUCUGCCUCUGAUGCUGCAACCGAUAUGGAGCUGGAGCGCACCACCGUACGAAUAAGCGGGUACUCCGGCCUGGUCGCAGAUGGAACUUCUCCUGUACGGAACUUAUUUUCAGGCUCAUCGCAAGCACUAGCUGGUUAUGGUAACUAGCUAGAAACAAGGUCAAACAGGGGAGGAUCAAUGAAUAUCCAUCUUGCCCUGGGUUCUCCGAGUCUUCUAUCACGUUCGAACACCGUGGGGGUCCGCUCCUGCUGGAGCCAGAGCCACCCUACUGUAGGAGGAGAGAGGAAUUGGUAAAUCAACUAACCCGCAAGAUACGGG